AUGUCGAACCUGAACAUAGAAAAAAUUUUAUCGAAGAUUACUUUGGCAAGUCAGGAAGGAGACCGGUACCGUUGCGCGGAAUUGGUUGCGGAGAUCAAAAAAACAAUGAAGGAAAGUGAAAGAAACAGGAGGCGUAUCGCCGAUGCCGGCACAAGCCUAGUUCUCGCUUCAUCUUUUGAUUUGUUUUCUCGCAUAUCGGUGGAAAACUCGAACAAUCAAGUCUUGGAAGAGAUCAUUUUAGUAUUGUCUUUCUUGUUUCCGCUCGAUAACAAGGCUCUCCAGUGUCUUUCAUCUCCGGAAUCUAUAAAUUCCAUCAUAUCGAUCUUAAACUCCGGCGUGUUUGCAAAGGCCUCGCUUACAACAAUUUUCAACUUAGUUUCUUCGAGUGAGGAGAUUGCAAGAAAGUUUAUAGAUUUGAAUUUAGUGUCAAAGCUCUUGGAAAUUCUUGUUGAUUCGGACAAGAAAAUGUGCGAAAGAGCAUUGGCGGUGCUCGACGUAGUGCUAAACUAUGAGAGUGGAAGGGAGAUGGCCCGCGGUAAUGCGUUGGCAAUGCCGGUGUUGGUAAAGAAGAUUUUUCGGGUAUCGGAGAUGGCAACGGAGCUCGUGGUUUCGGUGAUGUGGAAGAUAUGUUGCUGCAAGAAGAGUUGUGAGAAAGAAUAUGAAGAUGAAAAAAGAGUUAAAUGUUUGAUUGAAGGUCUUGAAUUUGGGGCAUUUCAGAAACUGUUGGUGUUGUUGCAGAUUGGUUGCAGUGAAGGAACAAAAGAGAAGGUUACUGAGUUGUUGAAAUUGUUGAAUGGUCAUAGAGCUCAAAUUGAGUGCAUUGAUUCUAAGGAUUUCAAGGGUGUUAAAAGAUCAUUUUGA